AUGUCUACACGUGCCAAGAAGCGCGUCCAACUGAACUCUAUUCUUCAUGAUAAAGUUCCCCCUAGUGGCCAUACCUGCCACAGUAGAAUCAGAAGUGUAUUACCAAGAACUCAUCAAAUGCAAGCACAACCCAUGGCACACAAAUUCACAGGAAAAGCAGAAGAAGAAUCCUAUUCCUCCAUGUUACUCAUAAAGCUUAUGAGCAAAAGAAGAACAUGGGUUUGUCUAUUUGUAGCUGUUUACACAAUUUUACUAUCCCUUUCUUGGAAUUUUUUAAAAUCUGUACUAUCUUGGUAUGAAUCGACCAUGUUUAGGUCAACUCCUGCUUCGGGGUGGACAGUUUUGUGUGUAUCGGUGGUUUUGGGGGUGGCGUUUGGGGUUCUGUCGGUGGUGACCGCCUUGGCCGUGGCGGUGCCGGCAACUCUGGUGACAUGGAUCACUGUGCUUGUGCUGUUGACUUUUUGUGGGAAGCCCAGAAGGAAUUUAGUGGUGGAGGGGAGGAAAUUGACGGCUGAGAUUAUUGGGUUUGUAGUUAAGGUUUUGAUUAGGGAAGGGAAUGUUGUGGCUGCGAUUUGUGCUGUUCUUGGGUAUUUUGUACUUUUUAGGAGAAGUAAGGAGGUUGAUGGGUCAGAUUUUGAGUGA